CAAGGGGAGGAAGGCAAAGAGCCUUUGCCCAUAGAGCCGCCGGCGGCUAGAGCGGGAGGGAGGUAGGGGCGUGGCCGGCGGCUACAAAGCGAUUGGAGGAGAAGAGGUAGCAACGAGGGGAAGUGGGGCGAGAGGAGGAUGCCUGUGGAAAGCAAGAUGGCGGACAAGGAGAAAAAAAAGAAGGAGAGCAUCUUGGACCUGGCCAAGUACAUCGACAAGGCCAUCCGCGUCAAGUUCCAAGGCGGGCGCGAAGCCAGCGGCGUCCUGAAAGGCUUCGACCCACUCCUCAACCUGGUGCUGGACGGGACCAUCGAGUACAUGAGAGACCCGGAUGACCAGUACAAGCUGACAGAGGAUACACGCCCGCUGGGGCUGGUGGUCUGCCGAGGGACCUCGGUGGUCCUUAUCUGCCCCCAGGACGGCAUGGAGGCCAUCCCCAACCCCUUCGUCCAGCAGCAGGAUGGAUAGCUGGAUGGACAGGAGGGCGGGGUUCAGACAUCAGGACACUGGGCCUCGCAAUGGGAGAAGCUGUAGAUGGUUUGACCGUGGCUUUGAGGCCGAGAAAUGGCACCAAAAUAGGCAAGAGGGGGAGUUAUUUUUUCCUGCUGGACAAAGAACAUGAAGACUCUCACCUUAACGGUGCUUCUUUGUUUCCUGGUCGUGUAUUAUUUUUUUCCUCCAAGAAACAGAUGGCAAGAGCCCUAGAGUGGGGCUUGAAUAGUAAACCUUCAGUUUCAAGAUCAGAAACAUUUCCUUGGGGUGUUUUUGCUCUCCUGUACUGUUCUCUAAUCAUAAUAAAUCUUCCCUCAACUGC